AUGGCAGCCGACGAGGAGACACCUCUACUCGGCGAAACCGCAGCCCAACAGUAUAAUGCCGAUGACGUGCAGAAUGGCCAAGAGGGCUCUCAAGAAACACCUGCCCAGGAGCCCAAGUCUCCGCCUAUCCUUAUGGUUAUCAUGCCUAUGAUGCUGAGCAUAUUCCUGGUGGCGAUGGACGUAACGAUCGUCACGUCGACGUAUGCGCACAUUGGAAGCCAAUUUGAGCGUUUGGAGAGUACAAGCUGGAUCACGACAGGGUACAUGCUCACCGUUACGAGUUUUCAACCACUGUAUGGGAAGCUGAGCGAUAUCUUUGGGAGAAAGCCCUGUCUGUUAUUCUCGAUAUUCGUCUUUGCACUGGGGUGCUUUUUAUGUGGCAUAGCAAGGGACAUGACGAUGCUCAUUUUCGGGCGCGCGAUUGCCGGCAUUGGUGGCGGUGGUAUCUCUAUAGUCACAAAUGUCAUUAUGAGUGAUGUGGUACCGCUGCGCGACAGAGGGUCAUGGCAAGGUUUCGGCAAUGUCGUCUGGGCGUCUGGCCAAGCUCUCGGUGCACCGCUGGGCGGGAUCCUCACGGAAACUGUGGGAUGGAGAUGGGGGUUCCUUCUCCAAGUACCCCUGUCCUUCCUUGCGAUGGUUGUGUUCUCCCUCGGUUUCAAGACCUCCAAGACCUCCUCGUCCGACUUUUCUGCCAAACUCAAGCGCAUCGACUUUGGUGGUGCCGCCACGCUCAUUGUCGCAGUCUUCGCGCUACUAUUGGGGCUUGACCGCGGCGGAAAUAUCGCCUGGUCCGACAGCCUCACCAUUGCGUAUUUAGUGAUCUUUGCCGUCUUCACAUGCGCUUUCUGCUACACCGAAUGGCGCCUUGCCAAGGAACCUUUCGUUCCGUUGGCGAUUCUCACGGAGCGGACGCUCCUCGCUGCAAAUGGCGUCGCAUUUUUCACAGGCGCGACGGUCGCAAUUUUGUUCCUCGUUGCGAUGUACCUCCAGGCGGUGCAGGGUUUAGACCCCGCGAGUGUUGGCUCUAUCCUCAUUCCCGCUGUGGUUGGUGGAGCGUCUGGCAGCGUCGUCUCGGGGUUCAUCAUACGUGCCUCUGGGCGAUACUAUGCGCUCGCAGCGAUCCUUUUUGUCUUCUACGUUUUUGGGAUGGUGUCGGUGGUAUGCGUUUCGGGUUUGUGGACGUUCUCCCUGAUAGCUCUCAGCACUGCUAUGGUGGUAAUGAAUGUGGGAGGAUGGGGAGGAAGUACAGCGGCUAUCGUCGCUCUUGUCUCCACCGCGGGGCCCGAAAACCAAGCUGUCGCAAUCGCGGUAUUCGGCCUCUUCCGCUCACUCGGAUCUGUCGUCAUUCUCUCAGUUGCGACGGCACUAUUCCAGCAAACAUUGCGCAUAAAGUUAUACGCACGACUUUCCGGUGAUGGUGUUGACGAGAUCAUCAAACAUGUGAGGGAGUCACUCGAUUACAUCAAGGAACUCGACCCAGCAUCACGUACGGCAGUAGUGCGUUCAUAUGGGGAUGGCUUGCAAAUUGGGAUGUGGUUUACGGCUGCGAUGGCUAUGGGCCCUCUGUUAUCGGCGCUAUUUAUCAAGGAAAAAGCUAUGUCACGGUAA